AUGAGGGAACGAGAAAAUGAGCGCCUGAGUGUUAUGGUCAAGGAACCCGACAGCGAAAUGCGUUCAUAUUUCAUGGAUAUAGAAUUAAUGAUAUCCAUUCUCGAUUUCAAUGAGGCCAUAGCCAAUGGUAAAACCCGCCGCCGAUAUGGACCUGCAACGGCGGCCAAUACGAAAUCGGCGAUCAGUGAGGUAACGGAAAAAUCGAAAAGUGAUCAGGCGGUGGCGGCCAGCAGCCAUACGGAGGCAAGUCAAUAUCGCAGAGGUGGAGCGUAUUCGACAGAUGCUGGAGAUUACUCCUACAACAAUGCCGAUCUUAAUUUAAUACGACCCGAAAGUAAACCCUUGCACACGAAAAUCACUGCCAAAUAUACGAGUAGCAUUAGCAUACCGGCCGAUUCGCUGGAGGACACCGAAACGGCAGAGGAAUAUGUGGCCAAGGCAAUGGGUAUGUAUGGUUCCCGACUACGGGAACCCAUACGCAUUCCCAGUGAAACGGAGGUGACACCGGCAACAGCCGAACAACAGCCAUCAUCGGUACAACAACUCACGACACAUACACGACAUUAUGGCGAGCACGAACAAGAACAGCAACAACAAUUACAACAACAUCAUGAACAAUCACAACAACACCCGCACCACCACCACUAUCCUCAAGAACAGGAUCACAGCCUACAGAACAUACACGAGCAUGUUGAGAAACCCGAACACUAUGAAUACUACUCCUUUUCACACAAGGAUGCCCAGAGGCCUCAGGCACCGAUCCAAACGGAAGAGGAACCCCAAGGUCCUCCUCCUUCUCCGGCUUCCCAUCAACAGUAUCAAUAUAUAAGUCAGGUCCAGGCAGAAAAUGAGGCAGCCAAGGCCAUGUUAGAGGCUCAAAUGCAGGCCCAGCUACAGGAACAAUUGAAGCAAGCCCAAUAUGCUGGAAGCGGAGCGGAACAACAGGAAUCAGAGCAGCAACAACAGCAGCAGGAGGUCCAACCACAAGCUGAAGAGUCGCAAGGUAACUCUGAGGUGGAAAGCAAUUCGGCGGGAUAUGACAAGGACCCUGUUACUCGUUCCUAUAACAUCUAUGAGGAUCACACAGAGGCCUAUGAAGGGGCACCCUCCCAUUUGGAAAGGAAUUAUCGCACGAAGUAUUUAUAUAAACCCGUCUCCUCCUCAUCCUACCAUUCGGCAAUCAAUGAAAAUGAGGAAAAGAUUCGUGUCUCAGCCUCCACGGAAAUACCCAAGGCGGAGAUCAUGAAGCAGAUUGAAAAAUCCGUUAUGAGGUACAUGAAAGAACUGGAGGCAGAGGGUAAGAUAAUUGCCGCUCCCAAAAGUCAAGAACCCAAGACCUAUUUUAAGGUGGUCACAGUACCUGGAACGGAAGAGAAACGUAUUGCGGCCUCAUCAACUAAAUCAAAAUACUCUUCUCCACCCAAUAACUAUGGUGGUGAGACCUAUAAGCACUCCAUUGUCCAUUCCGAACCUAUCAGAGGUUCCGGAUCUCCUAGUUCAUCGGGCUCCUCCAAAUACAACAAAAAUCAGGAAUCGAAAAAUGCCUUUGUUUUGGAAAAUGAAAGUACCUAUCAAAGUCAGGGCCACGAAGUAACCGAUGUUUUGGCGCCCAACGUGGAAUUUAUCUACAAAAUUAAAACCAAAGCUCCGCUGCAUACCGCCACCGUGAAAACUGUCUCGAAGCCUUAUAGCCUACCCUUGAAACCCAGUUAUGACCAAUUCGAUCAUUCUACGGCCUUGAAAAAUCUCGAAGAUUUUGAUUUAUCACAUGUGGUUACCACCCCUGAUCCGGACGAGCAUCAAUCCAUUUCAAGUGCCUCCAGCAAUAAACCCAGUAAAUUAUAUUUUAAUUCGGAAAUUUAUCAUGACAUCAACUCCAUGUCCUAUAAACAAAAACAACAACAACAGCGUGGGGAAAAUGAAUAUCGUCCGGAAUAUCGUAAAAAAUCCGUCAGCAAUCAAGAACCCCAUCCCGAUUAUAAGGGUUAUAGCACCGCCACAAGUGGUUAUUAUGCUGAACCUCCCACAGCAGAAGGUGAUCGUGAUAUUUCCGGUUCUGGAAUGUCCGAAGAUGGUUACCCGAGUAUUAUGUCACCCUAUCAACAAUAUGUUCUGAAAAAGGAGCCUCUCUCGGGGAAAUAUGAGGCAGAGGGUAGCUUUGAGCAGCCACGCAGUCAUCAUAAAUAUAAAAAUCUUGAUUUUGAUAGUUAUAAUCCCAAAUAUAAUAACAACCCGGAGGGGUAUGGUUACCAGCAAACCUAUAAGACCCAUCUGACCAGAAGUCAUGCUCCCGGCAAACGGGGUAAACGUGGUGGUGCUCCUCAUCCAAGUCAGACGAAGAAGCUGCAUCGCAACUCAAAUAUGAAGGAAUUUGAGGCCAAUAUUGCCCUACGUCCACCACCCAAAGUCUGA